AUCAGACCUUCCCACAAAGAAACUCUUGAAUUCUUGUUACUGCCUUUAUGGAGGAUUAAUGAUGAAAAUCUUAACUUUCAGUUCAUUGCUUAAUGGUUACAUUCCUUGUGUAAUCCAAGAGGAAACCGCCAAAUGGCAGAACUUCAACACCAUUCUUCUAGCCAUCAAAGGUUGAACGGAUCUUCGGGUCUUCCCGGCCUGAAGAAGAGGGGGCACGGAACCGGAAGCCGGUCAUGGAUAAAGAUUGAUCGGAAUGGGAAUUCAAAGAUCUUGGAACUGGACAAGGCCACGGUGAUGAGGCACUGUUCUUUGCCAGCUAGAGAUCUGCGUCUUCUGGACCCGAUGUUUAUUUAUCCCUCGACGAUUUUAGGGCGAGAGCAAGCCAUUGUUGUGAAUCUGGAGCAGAUCAGAUGCAUAAUCACAGCUGAGGAGGUCGUACUGAUGAACUCUCUCGAUGAAAGUGUGCUCCACUACAAGUCGGAGCUCUGCAAGCGCCUUGAAACAAAUAAAGAUCAGUCCGAUGAUCUUCCAUUUGAAUUCAAGGCAUUGGAGCUUGCUUUGGAACUGACAUGCAUGUCUCUUGAUGCUCAGGUGAAAGAAUUGGAAAUUGAGGUCCACCCGGUUCUUGACGAACUUGCAUCAUCUAUAAGCACUCAUAAUUUGGAACGCGUCCGUAGAUUGAAAGGCCAACUCCUUGCCUUAACUCAACGAGUCCAAAAGGUUUGUGAUGAAAUCGAACACCUAAUGGACGAUGAUGGAGACAUGGCCGAGAUGUAUUUAACAGAGAAGAAAGAGAGAAGAGAGUGUCUCAUUACUAGUGAACAACAAUGUGAUCGCAUAAGCACGUCUGCGAAUAACAGAUUGAUGUCCAAAUCUGCUCCAGUCUCGCCCGUGGGGUCGGGUAUCGGGGCCCACAGAUUGAAACGUGCUUCUAGCAGUAUCAGCUCUAGCAGACACGGAAGCUUUUUAAGUUCUUCCAGCAGCAGAGAAAAUAUUGAUCAACUUGAAAUGCUUUUGGAAGCGUAUUUCGUUGUCAUCGACAAUACACUCAACACCGUGUUGUCGCUUAAAGAAUAUAUUGAUGACACUGAGGAUCUGAUCAACAUUAAACUGGGCACAGUCCAAAACCAGCUUAUACAAUAUGAGUUGCUACUCACGGCUGCGACAUUUGUGGCAACGAUAUUUGCUAUGGUGACAGCAGUGUUUGGGAUGAACUUUGAGGACUCGAUUUUCAACGACCCAUCGACGUUCAAUUGGGUUCUCAUUGUGACCGGUGCGUUUUGCGGGGCAUUAUAUUCUUUGUUCUUGAUCUAUUUCAAACAGAAGAAAGUAUUGCCUUUGUAAAAAAAAAAAAAAAAGGAGCCUCUGUCCACAUUUGGGUUUCAAAGAAUGCUCAGCUCUUGGCUCUCUGUGGUUUUGGAAAAAAAAUGCAAAAGUUUAA